CUGGGCAGCGCUGUCAACCUGGUGCAGGCGCACGGGCAUCCGCACCCCGCUCGCAGCCAGGGCCGGGCUGGGGCCGCCGGCUCCGCCGCCCUCGCACUUGCCCCAGCCCCAGCCCGGUGCGGAGCGGCCGUGAGCCUCCUGCCGCCGCCGCCGCCGCCGCCCCGCCGCGGGGAGCGACCGCCGCCCGCCCGGGCACUGGGAGCAGCGCCCGGCAGAAGGAGAGACAGGGGGAGCCAUGGCCGAGGGGGGCGAGGGCGAGGACGAGAUCCAGUUCCUGCGAACUAAUUACAGUUUGACACUUGGAACCACAUCUAGAGCUUGGGAAGCGCACUUUGUUGUAGAUGAUGAAGUGGUUCUGCAGUGCACAGCAACCGUUCACAAGGAGCAACAGAAACUGUGUCUUGCUGCAGAAGGAUUUGGCAACAGGCUUUGCUUUUUGGAGUCCACAUCAAAUUCUAAGAAUGUUCCACCUGAUUUGUCCAUCUGCACCUUUGUGCUGGAGCAGUCUCUGUCAGUACGGGCCCUCCAGGAAAUGCUGGCUAACACAGAAGAAAAGGCAGAAGGGCUAGUUGAUGUGGAAAAAUGGAAAUUUAUGAUGAAGUCGGCACAAGGUGGUGGGCAUCGGACACUGCUCUACGGGCAUGCAAUCUUGCUGCGCCAUUCCUACAGCGGCAUGUAUCUAUGCUGUCUCUCUACAUCUCGAUCGUCAAUGGAUAAGCUGGCAUUUGAUGUAGGAUUGCAAGAGGACACAACAGGUGAGGCUUGCUGGUGGACCAUACAUCCUGCUUCCAAACAACGAUCAGAAGGAGAAAAAGUGCGUGUUGGAGAUGAUCUGAUUUUAGUCAGUGUCUCUUCAGAAAGAUAUCUGCAUCUGUCUUAUGGCAAUGGUAGCUUACAUGUUGAUGCAGCCUUCCAGCAGACGCUCUGGAGUGUAGCACCAAUCAGUUCAGGAAGUGAAGUUGCCCAAGGAUACCUGAUAGGAGGGGAUGUUCUGAGGUUAUUGCAUGGUCACAUGGAUGAAUGUUUGACAGUCCCUUCGGGUGAACAUGGAGAAGAACAAAGAAGAACUGUCCAUUAUGAAGGCGGUGCUGUGUCCAUUCAUGCUCGUUCCCUUUGGCGACUAGAGACUCUAAGAGUUGCGUGGAGUGGCAGCCACAUUAGAUGGGGACAGGCAUUCCGACUAAGGCAUAUCACAACAGGAAAAUAUUUAAGUCUCCUGGAUGACAAGAGUCUUCUUCUCACAGACAAAGAGAAGGCAGAUGUAAAAUCGACAGCAUUCUGUUUUCGGUCUUCCAAGGAAAAGCUGGACAUAGGGACAAGAAAAGAGGUGGAUGGAAUGGGAGCACCUGAAAUAAAGUAUGGGGAUUCAAUAUGCUUCAUACAACAUGUAGAUACAGGCUUAUGGCUCACGUACCAGUCUGCUGAUGCAAAGUCUGUAAGAAUGGGUUCUCUGCAGCGAAAGGCAAUAAUGCACCAUGAAGGGCACAUGGAUGAUGGUUUAACACUGUCCAGAUCUCAGAAUGAAGAAUCCCGUACAGCACGUGUCAUCCGUAGUACAGUCUUCCUUUUCAACAGGUUCAUAAGGGGCCUUGAUUCUCUCAGCAAGAAAGUAAAGUCUUCCACCACCGAUUUGCCUAUCGAGUCAGUCAGUUUGAGCCUUCAGGACUUGAUUGGCUACUUUCACCCCCCUGAUGAACAUUUGGAACAUGAAAACAAACAAAACAGGCUCCGAGCACUGAAGAAUCGCCAGAACCUCUUCCAAGAAGAGGGUAUGAUCAACCUUGUUCUUGAAUGUAUUGAUCGCUUGAAUGUAUACAGCAGUGCAGCUCACUUUGCAGAUGUAGCUGGGAAGGAAGCUGGAGAAGCAUGGAAGUCUAUUCUAAAUUCUUUGUAUGAAUUACUGGCGGCUCUGAUUCGAGGAAAUCGUAAAAACUGUGCUCAAUUUUCGGGAUCUCUUGAUUGGUUAAUCAGCAGAUUAGAAAGACUGGAAGCCUCUUCUGGAAUUCUAGAGGUGUUACACUGUGUGUUGGUGGAAAGCCCAGAAGCUCUAAACAUUAUUAAGGAAGGACAUAUUAAAUCAAUCAUCUGUCUUUUGGACAAACAUGGGAGAAACCAUAAGGUUUUGGAUGUUUUGUGUUCUCUCUGUGUUUGUCAUGGAGUAGCUGUGAGGUCUAAUCAACAUCUAAUAUGUGAUAAUCUCCUGCCAGGAAGAGAUCUGCUCUUACAGACACGUCUUGUCAACCAUGUGAGCAGCAUGCGACCCAACAUCUUCUUGGGGAUUAGUGAAGGCUCUGCCCAAUACAGAAAAUGGUACUAUGAACUUAUGGUGGACCAUCUAGAGCCCUUUGUGACCGCAGAAUCAACUCAUCUACGAGUGGGCUGGGCUUCAACAGAAGGGUACUCACCCUACCCAGGGGGAGGAGCAGAAUGGGGAGGAAAUGGUGUUGGUGAUGACUUAUAUUCCUAUGGCUUUGAUGGUCUACAUCUGUGGUCAGGCUGUGUAGCACGAACAGUAAAUUCUCCCAAUCAACAUCUAUUAAGAACUGAUGAUGUUAUUAGCUGCUGUUUGGACCUGAGUGCCCCCAGCAUCUCUUUCCGAAUAAAUGGUCAGCCAGUUCAAGGAAUGUUUGAAAACUUCAACAUAGAUGGCCUCUUCUUCCCAGUCGUCAGCUUCUCUGCAGGAAUAAAGGUUCGUUUCUUGCUUGGAGGUCGCCAUGGAGAGUUCAAGUUCCUUCCUCCACCUGGAUAUGCUCCAUGCUUUGAAGCUGUCCUACCAAAAGAGAAGCUGAAAGUGGAGCACAGCCGAGAGUACAAACAAGAUCGUAGCUAUACAAGAGACCUACUGGGUCCCACUGUCUCUCUAUCACAAGCAGCUUUCACUCCAGUUCCUGUAGAUACUAGCCAGAUUGUUUUGCCUCCCCACCUGGAAAGGAUUAGAGAAAAAUUAGCAGAGAACAUCCAUGAACUUUGGGUUAUGAAUAAGAUUGAACUUGGCUGGCAGUAUGGACCAGUUAGAGAUGACAACAAAAGGCAACACCCAUGCUUAGUGGAGUUCUCGAAAUUGCCGGAGCAGGAAAGAAAUUAUAACUUGCAAAUGUCACUUGAAACACUGAAAACCCUGCUGGCAUUAGGCUGCCAUGUUGGAAUUGCUGAUGAACGUGCUGAAGAAAAAGUGAAAAAAAUGAAACUUCCAAAGAACUAUCAGUUGUUGAGUGGAUAUAAGCCAGCACCCAUGGAUCUGAGUUUUAUCAAACUGACCCCCUCUCAAGAAGCUAUGGUGGAUAAACUAGCAGAGAAUGCCCACAAUGUGUGGGCAAGGGACCGUAUAAGGCAAGGCUGGACAUACGGCAUCCAGCAGGAUGUGAAAAAUCGACGAAAUCCUCGCCUUGUACCGUAUGCUCUUUUGGAUGAUCGAACAAAGAAGUCCAACAAAGACAGCCUUCGGGAGGCAGUCCGCACCCUUCUAGGCUACGGUUACAAUCUAGAAGCUCCUGAUCAAGAUCAUGCAAUGAGACUGGACGUGUGCAGUGGGAUAAUGGAAAAGUUCAGGAUCUUCCGCACAGAAAAGACUUAUGCAGUGAAGGCUGGGAAGUGGUACUUUGAGUUUGAGGCAGUUACGGCAGGAGACAUGAGAGUUGGCUGGACCAGGCCGGGUUGUCUGCCAGAUCAGGAACUUGGCUCAGAUGAGGAAGCUUUUGUCUUUGAUGGCUUUAAGGCCCAGCGGUGGCAUCAAGGUAAUGAGCAUUUUGGCCGCUCUUGGUUGGCAGGAGAUGUUGUUGGAUGUAUGGUUGACAUGAAUGAGCACACUAUGAUGUUCACCUUAAAUGGUGAAAUCCUGCUCGAUGACUCAGGCUCGGAGCUUGCGUUCAAGGACUUUGAGGUUGGUGAUGGAUUUCUACCUGUGUGCAGCCUGGGCCCAUCUCAAGUGGGAAGAAUGAACUUUGGAAAAGAUGUCAGCACUCUAAAAUAUUUCACUAUAUGUGGCUUACAGGAAGGGUAUGAACCCUUUGCUGUUAACACAAACAGAGACAUCACCAUUUGGCUGAGUAAAAGGCUCCCUCAGUUUCUACCAGUGCCACAAAACCAUGAACAUAUUGAGGUGAUGAGAAUUGAUGGCACCAUAGACAGCUGCCCUUGUCUGAAGGUCACACAGAAGUCCUUUGGUUCACAGAACAGUAAAACAGAUGUAAUGUUUUUUCGAUUAAGCAUGCCCAUUGAAUGUGCUGAGGUGUUCUCCAGAUCAGCUGCAGGAGGGUUACCAGGCUCUGGUCUUUUUGGCCCAAAAAAUGACUUGGAGGAUUAUGAUGCUGAUUCUGAUUUUGAGGUUCUAAUGAAAACUGCUCAUGGUCAUCUAGUUCCUGACCGGACAGAAAGAGAAAAAGAUGCCACAAAACCAGAGUUAAACAACCAUAAAGAUUAUGUUCAAGAAAAGCCCUCACGUCUUAAACAAAGAUUUAUGCUCAGGAGGACAAAGCCAGAUUAUAGCAUGAGUCACUCUGCACGGCUUACUGAGGAUGUGUUAGCAGAUGAUAGGGAUGACUACGAUUAUUUGAUGCAAACUUCCACGUACUAUUAUUCAGUGAGAAUAUUUCCUGGUCAAGAACCUGCUAAUGUCUGGGUGGGCUGGAUUACAUCAGACUUUCACCAGUACGACACAAGCUUUGACUUGGACAGAGUGCGUACCGUCACAGUUACACUGGGAGAUGAAAAAGGAAAGGUUCAUGAGAGUAUAAAACGCAGCAACUGCUAUAUGGUGUGCGCAGGAGAGAGCCUGAGCCCUGGACAAGGACGUAAUAAUAAUGGUCUGGAGAUUGGUUGCUUGGUUGAUGCUGCCAGUGGCCUGCUGACCUUCACAGCUAAUGGCAAGGAACUAGGCACAUACUAUCAGGUUGAACCAAGUACAAAGUUGUUUCCUGCUGUAUUUGCUCAAGCUACAAGUCCCAAUGUUUUCCAGUUUGAAUUGGGAAGAAUAAAGAAUGUAAUGCCAUUAUCUGCUGGCUUAUUCAAAAGUGAGCACAAAAACCCUGUGUCUCAAUGUCCUCCACGUCUCCAUGUUCAGUUUCUGACUCACGUGCUUUGGAGCAGAGUGCCAAACCACUUCUUGAAGGUGGAUGUGUCUCGGAUCAGUGAACGUCAGGGCUGGAUGAUACAGUGCCUGAAUCCUUUGCAGUUCAUGGCCCUUCAUAUUCCUGAGGAAAACAGAACAAUUGAUAUUUUAGAGCUGACAGAACAAGAAGAAUUGCUGAAAUUUCACUACCAUACCCUCCGAUUGUAUUCAGCUGUUUGUGCUUUAGGCAACAACCGAGUGGCCCAUGCUCUGUGUAGCCAUGUGGAUGAAUCUCAGCUCCUCUAUGCUAUUGAGAAUAAAUACAUGCCAGGAUUACUACGUGCCGGGUAUUAUGACUUACUCAUUGACAUCCAUCUCAAUACCUAUGCAACUGCCAGGCUGAUGAUGAAUAAUGAAUUUAUAGUUCCAAUGACAGAUGAGACCAAGAGUAUUACUUUGUUUCCUGACGAAAACAAAAAACACGGCCUUCCCGGUAUAGGACUUAGCACUUCAUUAAGGCCAAGAAUGCAGUUUUCCUCUCCAAGUUUUGUAAGCAUUAGCAGUGAAUGCUUUCAGUUCAGUCCUGAAUUCCCUCUGGAAAUUUUGAAGGCCAAAACCAUGGAGAUGCUGACUGAAGCUGUCCAGGAGGGAGGCCUCCAUGUCAGAGAUCCAGUUGGAGGUUCUACAGAAUUUCUGUUUGUCCCUCUCAUCAAGCUCUUUUAUACCCUUCUAAUUAUGGGAAUCUUCCACAAUGAGGAUCUGAAACACAUCUUGAAGUUGAUUGAGCCCCGGGUUUUCAAAGAAGCAAUGAGCCAGGAGGACGAAAUUGAUUUCUCAGAGAAGGAGUUCAGUUCAGGUGAGCUCAAGUCAGAAGAAGGAGAGGAAGAAAACAGAGAGGAGCAAAUGCCAAAGGAAGGACUCCUUCAGAUGAAACUUCCAGAACCUGUUAAAUUACAGAUGUGUCAUCUACUCCAGUACCUGUGUGACUGCCAAGUACGACACCGAAUAGAAGCCAUUGUAGCAUUUUCUGAUGAUUUUGUGGCCAAGCUUCAAGAGAAUCAACGCUUCCGGUACAAUGAAGUGAUGCAGGCCUUGAACAUGUCCGCUGCUCUGACAGCUAGAAAAACAAAAGAAUUUCGAUCCCCUCCUCAAGAACAGAUUAACAUGCUGCUGAACUUUAAAGAUGAUAAAAAUGAUUGUCCUUGCCCUGAAGAAAUUCGGGAUCAACUCUUGGAUUUCCAUGAAGACCUAAUGACACACUGUGGAAUUGAACUAGAUGAAGAUGGAACCUUGGAUGGCAACAGUGAUUCAACCAUUAGGGGUCGCCUCCUAUACCUUAUGGAAAAAGUUACAUAUCUGAAGAAGAAACAAGCUGAGAAGACAGUUGAUGAUGAUGAUAAGACAUCCUCUACUCUCCAGCAGUUGAUUUCAGACACGAUGGUGCGCUGGGCCCAGGAGUCAGUGAUAGAAGACCCGGAGUUAGUGAGGGCCAUGUUUGUAUUGCUACAUCGCCAGUAUGAUGGUAUUGGUGGCCUGGUUCGAGCCCUACCAAAGACCUACACCAUAAAUAGUGUGUCUGUGGAAGACACCAUCAAUCUUCUGGCAUCCCUUGGCCAAAUCCGUUCCUUGCUUAGUGUCAGAAUGGGGAAGGAAGAGGAGAAGCUUAUGAUUCGUGGAUUAGGAGACAUCAUGAAUAAUAAAGUAUUUUACCAACAUCCAAAUCUCAUGAGAGCUUUAGGUAUGCAUGAGACUGUCAUGGAAGUGAUGGUAAAUGUGCUUGGUGGAGGAGAAUCCAAGGAAAUCGCAUUCCCAAAGAUGGUGGCAAACUGCUGUCGUUUUCUAUGUUAUUUUUGCCGCAUCAGCAGGCAGAAUCAAAAAGCUAUGUUUGAUCAUCUUAGCUAUUUAUUGGAAAACAGCAGUGUUGGCCUUGCCUCUCCCUCUAUGCGAGGAUCAACUCCUUUAGAUGUUGCUGCAGCGUCUGUAAUGGAUAACAAUGAACUUGCUCUGGCUUUAAGGGAGCCUGAUCUGGAGAAGGUGGUUCGCUACUUGGCUGGAUGUGGAUUGCAGAGUUGUCCUCUGUUGAUUUGUAAGGGCUACCCGGACAUCGGAUGGAAUCCAGUUGAAGGAGAACGAUAUUUGGAUUUUCUUCGUUUUGCUGUUUUUUGCAAUGGAGAGAGUGUGGAAGAGAAUGCUAAUGUUGUAGUCAGACUGCUUAUUCGCCGACCUGAGUGUUUUGGUCCAGCUCUAAGAGGAGAAGGAGGCAAUGGGUUGCUUGCUGCCAUGGAGGAGGCAAUACAAAUAUCAGAAGAUCCAACAAGAGAUGGACCUUCCCCAAGUAAUGGAUCUAGUAAAACCCUUGAAAUAGAAGAACAAGAAGAUGACACUAUUCACAUGGGAAAUGCAAUCAUGACCUUUUAUGCUGCCUUGAUUGAUCUCUUAGGACGUUGUGCCCCUGAAAUGCAUCUAAUCCAUGCUGGUAAAGGGGAAGCCAUUAGAAUCAGAUCAAUUCUACGGUCUUUGAUUCCACUCGAAGAUUUGGUGGGAGUAAUCAGUAUUGCUUUCCACAUGCCAACCAUAGCGAAGGAUGGUACUGUGGUGGAACCUGACAUGUCUGCGGGGUUUUGCCCAGAUCACAAGGCAGCCAUGGUUUUGUUCCUUGACAGGGUCUAUGGAAUUGAGGACCAGGAUUUUCUUCUACACCUUCUUGAAGUUGGCUUUCUGCCAGACCUUCGUGCUGCUGCCUCAUUAGAUACGGCUGCUUUAAGUGCUACGGAUAUGGCUUUGGCUCUGAAUCGAUACCUUUGCACAGCAGUCUUGCCUCUCUUGACCAGAUGUGCCCCUCUGUUUGCUGGCACGGAGCACCAUGCUUCCCUCAUCGAUUCCUUAUUACACACUGUGUACAGACUCUCAAAGGGAUGCUCUCUUACCAAAGCUCAGCGAGAUUCUAUUGAAGAGUGUUUGCUGUCUAUCUGUGGGCAGUUGAGGCCUUCCAUGAUGCAGCAUUUGCUGAGGAGAUUAGUAUUUGAUGUACCCCUGUUAAAUGAACAUGCAAAGAUGCCUCUCAAGUUGCUGACAAAUCAUUAUGAAAGAUGCUGGAAAUAUUAUUGUUUGCCAAGUGGAUGGGGUAACUUUGGUGCUGCAUCAGAAGAAGAACUUCAUUUAUCCAGAAAGUUGUUCUGGGGUAUUUUUGAUGCUUUAUCUCAAAAGAAAUAUGAACAAGAACUGUUCAAAUUGGCUUUGCCUUGUCUGAGCGCAGUUGCAGGGGCCUUACCUCCAGAUUAUAUGGAAUCAAAUUAUGUCAAUAUGAUGGAAAAACAGUCCUCAAUGGAUUCAGAUGGGAACUUUAAUCCUCAACCUGUUGAUACCUCAAACAUUACAAUCCCUGAAAAGCUGGAAUAUUUUAUUAACAAAUAUGCAGAACAUGCUCAUGACAAAUGGUCAAUGGAAAAGUUUGCCAAUGGAUGGACCUAUGGUGAAACAUUUUCUGAAUCUGCAAAAGUGCAACCAUUAAUGAAACAAUAUAAGUUACUGUCUGAAAAGGAGAAAGAAAUUUAUCGAUGGCCAAUCAAAGAAUCACUAAAAACUAUGCUGGCAUGGGGAUGGCGAAUUGAAAGAACACGGGAAGGAGAUUCCAUGGCACUGUAUAAUCGGACGCGUCGCAUAUCUCAAACCAGUCAAAUCUCUGUAGAUACAGCCCAUGGUUACACUCCUCGAGCAAUUGACAUGAGCAAUGUCACCCUCUCCAGAGACUUACAUGCUAUGGCUGAGAUGAUGGCUGAAAACUACCAUAACAUAUGGGCAAAGAAAAAGAAAAUGGAGCUUGAAGCAAAAGUAGGAGGAGGCAACCAUCCCCUUCUUGUUCCUUAUGAUACACUCACAGCCAAAGAAAAAGCCAAGGAUAGAGAAAAAGCACAGGAUAUUCUGAAAUUUCUACAGAUUAAUGGAUAUGUUGUUUCCAGAGGACUUAAGGACCUGGAAUUAGACACGCCUUCCAUUGAGAAACGCUUUGCCUACAGUUUCCUUCAGCAGCUUAUAAGAUAUGUGGAUGAAGCCCAUCAGUACAUUUUGGAGUUUGAUGGUGGCAGCAGAGGCAAAGGAGAGCAAUUCCCAUAUGAACAAGAAAUCAAGUUUUUUGCCAAAGUUGUGCUCCCUUUGAUUGAUCAGUAUUUUAAAAAUCAUCGCCUGUAUUUCUUAUCUUCAGCAAGUAGGCCUCUCACAAGUGGAGGCCAUGCCUCUAAUAAAGAGAAAGAAAUGGUGACAAGCCUGUUCUGCAAACUUGGAGUUCUUGUCAGGCAUAGGAUUUCACUGUUUGGAAACGAUGCAACAUCAAUAGUCAACUGUCUUCACAUACUGGGGCAGACCUUGGAUGCGAGGACUGUGAUGAAAACUGGUCUGGAAUCUGUUAGGAUGGCAUUGAGAGCCUUUUUGGACAAUGCUGCUGAGGAUCUGGAGAAAACAAUGGAAAAUCUUAAGCAAGGCCAGUUUACACACAGCAGAAACCAGCCAAAAGGAGUUACACAAAUCAUCAAUUAUACCACAGUUGCUCUCCUGCCAGUGCUGUCUUCAUUGUUUGAGCAUAUUGGACAGCACCAGUUUGGGGAAGAUUUGAUAUUGGAAGAUGUUCAGGUCUCUUGUUACAGAAUAUUGGCCAGUUUAUAUGCUCUGGGAACCAGCAAGAGUAUCUAUGUAGAGAGGCAACGAUCAGCACUAGGAGAGUGCUUGGCUGCUUUCUCAGGGGCCUUUCCAGUGGCUUUUUUGGAAACUCACUUGAACAAACAUAAUAUCUACUCAAUCUACAAUACCAAGAAUGCGAGAGAUAGAGCAGUUCUCAAUUUGCCAACUAGUGUGGAAGAGGUUUGCCCAAAUAUUCCCUCCUUGGUGAAGCUAAUGGAAGAAAUAGUGGAACUGGCAGAAUCUGGUAUUCGUUACACACAAAUGCCACAUAUCAUGGAAGUCAUCCUGCCUAUGCUGUGCAGUUACAUGUCACACUGGUGGGAGCACGGGCCAGAGAACAACCCUGACAAGGCUGAAACAUGUUGCACAGCCUUGACGUCGGAGCACAUGAACACUCUGUUGGGUAACAUAUUGAAAAUCAUCUAUAACAACCUUGGUAUUGAUGAAGGAGCCUGGAUGAAGAGAUUAGCAGUGUUUUCCCAGCCCAUCAUAAGUAAAGCGAAGCCACAGCUCUUAAAGACACACUUCCUUCCACUGAUGGAUAAACUAAAGAAAAAAGCAGCAGUGGUUGUAUCGGAUGAAGAACAUCUAAGAGCAGAAGGCAGAGGUGACAUGUCGGAGGCUGAACUGCUCAUCCUAGAUGAGUUCACCACUUUGGCACGGGACCUCUAUGCCUUCUACCCUUUGUUGAUUAGAUUUGUGGACUAUAACAGGGCAAAAUGGCUGAAAGAGCCCAAUCCUGAAGCAGAAGAGUUGUUCCGCAUGGUGGCUGAGGUCUUCAUUUACUGGUCAAAGUCUCAUAAUUUCAAAAGGGAAGAGCAGAACUUUGUGGUACAAAAUGAAAUCAACAACAUGUCUUUCCUUAUCAGUGACACCAAAUCCAAGAUGUCUAAGGCUGCAGUUUCUGACCAGGAAAGGAAGAAGAUGAAGCGAAAAGGUGACAGGUACUCUAUGCAGACCUCUCUCAUUGUGGCAGCACUGAAGAGAUUGCUUCCAAUAGGCCUAAACAUUUGUGCUCCUGGAGACCAAGAGCUAAUUGCACUGGCCAAAAAUCGAUUUAGCAUGAAAGACACUGAAGAUGAAGUACGAGAUGUCAUCCGCAGUAAUCUUCAUCUUCAGGGCAAGCUUGAGGAUCCCGCCAUUAGAUGGCAGAUGGCACUUUACAAAGAUUUACCAAACAGGACUGAAGAUUCCUCAGACCCAGAGAAGACUGUGGAAAGGGUCCUUGAUAUAGCUAAUGUACUGUUUCACCUGGAACAGAAAUCCGCUUGCGUAGGCCGAGGCUAUUUCUUUUGGGUGGAGCAUCCACAGCGUUCCAAAAAAGCAGUGUGGCAUAAGCUGCUGUCUAAACAGAGGAAAAGAGCAGUAGUGGCCUGCUUUAGAAUGGCACCAUUGUAUAAUCUGCCAAGACACCGAGCCGUCAAUCUCUUUCUUCAAGGCUAUGAUAAAUCUUGGAUUGAAACAGAGGAACACUAUUUUGAAGACAAACUGAUAGAAGACUUAGCAAAACCUGGGGAGGAACCACCAGAAGAAGAUGAAAGCCUUAAAAGAGUUGAUCCUUUACAUCAACUUAUUCUGUUAUUCAGUCGAACAGCCUUGACUGAAAAAUGCAAAUUGGAAGAAGAUUUCCUGUAUAUGGCUUAUGCUGACAUUAUGGCAAAGAGCUGCCAUGAUGAAGAAGAUGAUGAUGGUGAAGAAGAAGUGAAGAGUUUUGAAGUGACAGGAUCACAACGCAGCAAGGAAAAAGAAAUGGAAAAGCAAAAACUUCUGUAUCAACAAGCCAGACUGCAUGAUCGGGGUGCUGCGGAGAUGGUUCUGCAGACAAUCAGUGCAAGUAAAGGUGAGAUGGGGCCAAUGGUUGCAGCUACCCUAAAGCUAGGAAUUGCCAUCUUAAAUGGAGGAAAUUCUACUGUUCAACAGAAAAUGCUUGACUACCUCAAAGAUAAAAAGGAUGUGGGGUUCUUUCAGAGCCUUGCUGGUCUUAUGCAGUCCUGUAGUGUUCUUGACCUAAAUGCAUUUGAACGUCAGAACAAAGCAGAAGGCCUUGGCAUGGUGACUGAAGAGGGAUCAGUCAUCACCCAUGAGCGUGGAGAAAAGGUGAUGCAGGAUGAUGAGUUCACCUGUGACCUCUUCCGCUUCCUUCAGUUGCUUUGUGAAGGACACAAUUCAGAUUUUCAGAAUUACCUGAGAACUCAAACUGGUAACAACACAACUGUUAAUAUUAUCAUUUCUACUGUGGAUUACUUAUUGAGAGUUCAGGAAUCCAUUAGUGAUUUCUAUUGGUAUUAUUCUGGGAAGGAUGUUAUUGAUGAACAAGGACAACGAAAUUUUUCCAAAGCCAUCCAGGUUGCAAAACAAGUUUUCAAUACUCUCACGGAGUAUAUCCAGGGUCCGUGUACUGGGAAUCAGCAAAGUCUGGCACAUAGCAGAUUGUGGGAUGCUGUAGUUGGUUUCCUUCAUGUGUUUGCCCACAUGCAGAUGAAGCUGUCUCAGGAUUCCAGCCAAAUUGAACUACUGAAGGAAUUAAUGGACCUUCAGAAAGAUAUGGUUGUCAUGCUGCUGUCUAUGCUGGAAGGUAAUGUUGUGAAUGGAACUAUUGGAAAGCAGAUGGUUGAUAUGCUUGUGGAAUCGUCGAACAAUGUGGAGAUGAUUCUGAAGUUUUUUGAUAUGUUCUUAAAAUUGAAAGAUUUGACUUCCUCUGAUGCAUUCAAAGAAUAUGAUCCUGAUGGUAAAGGGAUAAUUUCGAAGAGGGAUUUUCACAGGGCAAUGGAAAGCCAUAAGCACUACACUCAGUCGGAAACUGAGUUUCUGCUGUCAUGUGCUGAAACAGAUGAGAAUGAGACUUUGGACUAUGAGGAGUUUGUGAAACGAUUUCAUGAACCUGCAAAAGACAUUGGUUUCAAUGUCGCUGUUCUCCUGACCAACCUGUCAGAACACAUGCCCCAUGAUACACACUUGCAAACUUUCCUUGAGCUGUCAGAGAGUGUGCUGAAUUACUUUCAGCCUUUCCUUGGACGAAUAGAAAUCAUGGGCAGUGCAAAGCGCAUUGAACGAGUUUAUUUUGAAAUAAGUGAGUCAAGUCGGACUCAGUGGGAAAAACCUCAGGUAAAAGAGUCAAAGAGACAGUUUAUAUUUGAUGUUGUAAAUGAAGGUGGGGAGAAAGAAAAGAUGGAGCUUUUUGUUAACUUCUGUGAGGAUACCAUCUUUGAAAUGCAACUGGCUGCCCAGAUCUCUGAGUCAGAUCUGAAUGAAAGGUCAGCUAAUAAAGAGGAGAAUGAGAAAGAUAAUUCUGAUGAAGAAGAUCCUAGAAUGGGUUUCUUUUCUCUUGUUACCAUGAAGUCAGCUUUAGUAGCUCUCAAGUACAAUUUAAUGACUCUUAUGAAAAUGCUCAGCAUGAAGAGUCUAAAGAAACAAAUGAAAAAAGUGAAGAAAAUGACCAUGAAGGACAUGGUCAUGGCUUUGUUUUCUUCCUACUGGAGCAUUUUGAUGGGCUUACUACAUUUUGCUUGUAGUGUUGUCCGGGGCUUUUUUCGCAUCAUAUGCAGUUUGCUGCUUGGAGGAAGCCUAGUAGAAGGAGCCAAGAAAAUCAAGGUGGCUGAACUGUUGGCUAAUAUGCCAGAUCCCACUCAGGAUGAGGUGCGUGGGGAAGAAGAAGAAGGGGAGAGGAAGCCAACAGAAACUGCAUUGCCUGCAGAAGACCUGACAGAUCUGCAGACUUUAACAGAAGAAAGCGAUCUACUCUCAGAUAUAUUUGGUUUGGAUUUGAAACGAGAAGGUGGACAGUAUAAAUUGAUCCCUCACAAUCCAAAUGCUGGUUUGAGUGAUUUACUGAGCACUCCCUCCUUAGCCCCAAUGCCUGAAGUACAGGAAAAAAUCCAGGAGAAGGUGAAAGAAGAUGAAAAGGAAGAGAAAGAAGAAACAAAAUCAGAACCCGAAAAAGCUGAAGGAGAAGAUGGAGAAAAAGAAGAGAAAACCAAGGAAGACAAGGGGAAACAGAAAUUAAGACAACUGCAUACACACAGAUAUGGAGAACCAGAAGUUCAAGAAUCUGUUUUCUGGAAGAAUAUCAUUGCAUACCAGCAGAAGCUUCUUAAUUAUUUUGCACGAAACUUUUACAACAUGAGGAUGUUGGCAUUAUUUGUUGCUUUUGCCAUCAACUUUAUCCUGCUUUUCUAUAAGGUCUCCACAUCUGCUGUGCCAGAAGAAAAGGAACUUCCUGUGGUAUCUGAUGGUGAAAGUACCAAGUUGAACAUUCUGGAAAGCGAUGAUGAGAGGGUCAUUGCAGUGCAUUAUGUCCUGGAAGAAAGCAGUGGCUACAUGGAGCCCACACUGCGGAUUUUGGCCAUCCUACACACAGUCAUCUCAUUCUUCUGCAUCAUAGGCUAUUAUUGUUUGAAAGUUCCACUGGUUAUUUUUAAGAGAGAAAAGGAAGUGGCAAGGAAGUUGGAAUUUGAUGGGCUAUAUAUAACUGAGCAGCCAUCAGAAGAUGAUAUUAAGGGACAGUGGGAUAGACUUGUAAUCAACACACAGUCUUUUCCAAAUAACUACUGGGACAAGUUUGUGAAAAGAAAGGUAAUGGAUAAAUAUGGUGAGUUCUAUGGCCGGGACAGGAUCAGUGAGUUACUAGGAAUGGACAAAGCUGCUCUUGAUUUUAGUGAUGCUCGAGAAAAGAAGAAACCAAAGAAGGAUAGCUCCUUUUCUGCUGUGUUAAAUUCCAUUGAUGUUAAGUAUCAGAUGUGGAAAUUAGGAGUCGUUUUCACUGAUAAUUCUUUCCUUUACCUAGCAUGGUACAUGACCAUGUCAGUCCUCGGCCAUUACAACAAUUUUUUCUUUGCUGCUCAUCUCCUUGACAUUGCAAUGGGAUUCAAGACAUUACGAACUAUCCUGUCAUCAGUUACCCAUAACGGCAAACAGCUUGUCCUAACAGUGGGAUUACUGGCAGUAGUGGUGUACUUGUAUACAGUAGUGGCGUUCAAUUUUUUCCGCAAGUUCUACAACAAGAGUGAAGAUGGUGAUAUGCCAGACAUGAAAUGUGAUGAUAUGCUAACAUGCUACAUGUUUCAUAUGUACGUUGGGGUACGUGCAGGUGGAGGCAUUGGUGAUGAAAUAGAAGAUCCAGCAGGAGAUGAAUAUGAAAUCUAUCGGAUUAUCUUUGACAUCACUUUCUUCUUCUUUGUGAUUGUCAUCCUGCUUGCAAUUAUCCAAGGUUUAAUUAUUGAUGCUUUUGGUGAGUUAAGAGAUCAGCAAGAGCAAGUUAAGGAAGACAUGGAGACAAAGUGCUUUAUCUGUGGGAUAGGAAAUGACUACUUUGAUACAGUGCCUCAUGGCUUUGAAACACACACACUGCAGGAGCACAACUUGGCCAAUUAUUUGUUUUUUCUGAUGUAUCUUAUUAACAAAGAUGAAACAGAGCAUACAGGACAGGAAUCGUAUGUAUGGAAAAUGUAUCAAGAACGGUGCUGGGAAUUUUUCCCUGCUGGUGAUUGCUUCCGAAAACAAUAUGAAGACCAGCUCAACUAAGCAGAGAUGAGGAUUUCUGGACAAAAAUGUCCAUGUAUUUCCCAGCUCUUUUGGGAAUGUCUAAAAGAUUUCUUAAAUCCCCAAAGCUGUGUGCAUUUUGGAGCACCAAAGCUCUGUUUUUAAUGACCCAACUGCACUUUUAUUUUCUUGUGUAUUUGCUUUGAGAACACUGGAGUAAAGAACAAUGAAAAAUUACAACAACUUUGGAACCAAACCAACCACUUGCACAGACAAAAGAUGUCCCUAUACAUAACAUGCACACACAAGUAGAGACUUGAGACAGCUUAUUUUUGAAACUGCCAGAUGAUGCCCUUGCCUAAAAGAUCACACAUGGGGUGACAUGGUAGCAACACUCAUUCGGUCUGUUUAUUUCAUCAUCCUGGAAGGAACUAUAUAUAGUUCACAGAGCACUGUAAAAGAUUGUUGUGGACACUAAGUUGUGGGGAAAUAGUGCCUUACUAUAUGUGGGUUGAGCUAUGCAGAAGAUGAGUGCAUGAUGACAUAAUUUUUUUUUUUUCUUUAUGUCUUCCCUUCCAAUUUAAUAUUUAUUUUGUGGUUUUGGUGGGUUUGGGAGGAAGGGAUUUGAUUGUGCACAUCUUUUUAAUAAGACUGGAGUGUCUCAGGACAAGAUUAGGUUAUUCUCAUCUAGUUCAUUUCACAUUUACCUUCCUCUUUAGCUUUUGCUCUUAUUUUGGUAAUGCUCUGAUACAACACUGCUACUUUAUGAAAUCUUUGUAUGAAUACAAGACAGCUGCAAAAAACACUUUAACAAGAAAUGUUUCAUUGCAUGUUUAUUAUGCAAGUUUAAAACAAUCAAAAAACAACAUUCAAAAACAAGUUGAUCAACAUGAAAAAACAUUCACAAUAAUUAUAUCCAUAGUAAUAAAGUGUUGUGGGCUUUAUUGUACAUCUGGAACAAGUGUCAUCAACCAACAAUGUAUAUGUUAUGAAUUUGACAGUAAUUUUGGUUUCUUUUUUUGUUCUUUCAUUUCUGCCAUCUGUGAUUGAUAGUGGAGUUGAAGAUUUUCUUGUUAAAUUAUUUUUUAAAAGCAAAGCUGAAGCAAUAUCCAUUCAGGGACUCCAUCAGUUGCAUCAUGAAACACCAAUGAUGUGUACAUUACUCCAUUUUGAGUCCUUUUCAAUUGUAAUGCCAGUCUUUACAAAUAAAAAGAGACAUUCAGAAUGGAAACAA